AGCCGCCGCGUUUCCGCUGCUAGCGGAGUGUCGCUCUGAGCUCGCCGAGCAUCCUUACCGCAGCCCUCAGCUCGAUCCGCGGCGACGGGGCAGGACCGCGCCCACACGCAAACAAUCAUGUUCGAAAUUAAGAAGAUUUGCUGCAUUGGUGCUGGUUAUGUUGGUGGGCCAACUUGUAGUGUUAUUGCACAGAUGUGUCCCAAUAUCAAAGUUACUGUCGUGGAUGUCAAUGAGGCCAGAAUCAAUGCCUGGAAUUCUGAUACACUUCCAAUCUACGAGCCAGGGUUAAAAGAAGUUGUAGAAUCCUGUCGAGGAAGAAACCUCUUCUUUUCCACCAGUAUUGAUGAUGCCAUUAGAGAAGCUGAUCUUGUAUUUAUUUCUGUUAACACUCCAACAAAGACCUAUGGGAUGGGAAAAGGCCGAGCAGCUGAUCUUAAGUACAUUGAAGCUUGUGCCAGACGGAUUGUGCAGAACUCCAAUGGCUAUAAAAUUGUCACUGAGAAAAGCACAGUUCCAGUGCGUGCUGCAGAGAGCAUUCGUCGGAUAUUUGAUGCUAAUACUAAGCCUAACUUGGAUUUGCAGGUGCUGUCUAACCCAGAGUUCCUUGCAGAAGGAACAGCCAUCAAGGACCUGAAGAACCCAGACCGAGUGCUUAUUGGUGGAGAUGAUUCUCCAGAGGGACAGAAGGCUGUCCGUGCUCUUUGUGCUGUUUAUGAGCACUGGGUGCCCAAAGAAAAAAUCCUCACAACCAACACUUGGUCAUCAGAACUUUCUAAACUGGCAGCUAAUGCUUUCCUUGCCCAAAGAAUCAGCAGCAUCAACUCCAUUAGUGCCCUGUGUGAAGCUACAGGAGCAGAUGUUGAAGAGGUAGCAAGAGCUAUUGGAACAGACCAAAGAAUUGGAAAUAAGUUUCUCAAAGCCAGUGUUGGGUUUGGAGGUAGCUGUUUUCAGAAGGAUGUCUUGAAUUUAGUGUACCUUUGUGAGGCACUGAACUUACCUGAAGUAGCCCGCUACUGGCAACAGGUAAUAGACAUGAAUGAUUAUCAGAGGAGAAGAUUUGCUUCCCGCAUUAUUGACAGCUUGUUCAAUACUGUCACUGAUAAGAAGAUUGCUAUUCUAGGGUUUGCAUUUAAAAAGGAUACUGGGGACACGAGAGAGUCAUCCAGUAUCUACAUUAGCAAGUAUUUGAUGGAUGAAGGAGCAAAGCUCCAUAUCUAUGAUCCUAAAGUACCUAAGGAACAAAUCAUCUUGGAUCUCUCACAUCCAGGUGUCUCAGAAGAUAACCAAGUGUCUCGAUUGGUCACCAUCAGCAAAGAUCCCUAUGAAGCCUGUGAUGGAGCUCAUGCCCUUGUCAUUUGCACUGAGUGGGACAUGUUUAAGGAGUUGGAUUAUGAACGUAUUCAUAAGAAGAUGCUGAAGCCUGCAUUUAUCUUUGAUGGCAGGAGAGUUCUAGAUGAUCUUCACAAUGAGCUACAAGUCAUUGGUUUCCAGAUUGAAACAAUUGGGAAGAAGGUCUCAGCCAAAGGAAUUCCUUUUGGUUCUUCCUGUGAAAUUCCUAAAUUCAGCCUGCAGGACCCACCUGUCAAAAAGCCCAGAGUAUAAUGUUUAAUUGUUACAGAAGGAAUUCUGUGGACCUUCUUAGUGAUAAUAACUGUAAGCCUGUGCUUUUUUUUUUUUAAGGAAAGAUAUUUUUCAUAAACUAAACCAAUUUUACACUAAGGAUGGUACCUGGUACAUGUGAAUUCAGUCUAUUUUCAAAUCUCUAUUUUUCUAGUGAUUUUUGUUUUGGUCACUGAAGAUGGUACGACCUUUUUAAUAAUGAAACAUCUUUUAAGUGGAAAAGUUACUUUCAAACAGCAGAUUUCUGCUUCCAGAGAUGUUCCUGAACUGCACUUUAUAUGUUUCAAGUAAUGCAAAAUCAAAAGAAUUAGAACAUCUUUCUACUUUAGUCCAGUUAUAGACAACGAUCAGGAACUUUGGUCUCAGCUUUUAAUUUUCUUUUGGGGUAAUUCUUAACCCAGUUCAAUGCCUGCUUUAACUGGCAUUGAGGUCAAAAGAUAAGUUCUAAGAGAACUGGAUAGAUUUUGGUCUGAUCCCUGAAAUAGAGCUGACUGCCACAAUAACACCCUGAUCGUGGUCAGGAUCAGUUCAACUGAUGCAGCCUCAAGUGCUUCUGUUAGGAGGCCAGAUUAUUAUACAGACAUCUAUAGUGUACCUGAUGACAGUGGACCAGCAGCUACAAACUGAUCCACUGGCAGAUCUUCUCUUUGAUUGUCUUGUCUACAUUCCAUGAACAGCCACAAAUUAGUGAUCUCAUCAGAUUCCUGGGGCAAGGUUUUUUUUUUCCUAAGCUACAGCAAUACAAACUGUCUUCAGCAGAGGAGCCUUCUGCUUAUUUAAACAUUGAAUUUAAGCAAAAUUACCUUCAUUUGGUGUCAGUCCAAGCAGAAAGCAAAUAUUGGCCUCAAAGCUAACUCGAUAGUUAUCUUUUUCCCCUCCUUUUCUGCUUAUAUAACUUCAUUUGAAAGCAGCUUUCUUAAUGAAUCUGCAAAAAUUGCUCUCUGCUGUUAAGAAAUGAAAAACAAAAGUUCAGCCCCAGGAGUUAGUCAGCAUACUACCUCAUUUAAGUAGCAGGAAGGAAUGCUUCCUAUGGUAUUUUGACUUUAUUUUUUUGCCUUUACUAUGAAUUAAUUUCUACUACUUCCUAUUCUCGAUUGACCAGUGCUAUUAAAAUCCAUGAGAUGGCAGAGUUUGUGUUUGGCUUGUUGCAUGAGGUUGUCAAAUGCAGGGGAGGACAGAGAGGGGUGACCAUAAAGAGUAGCAUAGAGUGAGAUCUUACUGAAUGACAUUAGUGUUGGGAUGUUGGAGAAUUACCCUGUAAAUUGUCACAUACCUUCUGUAUUGUUUCAGCGGGUGUGCCCUCAAGUAUUCAAUAUCCAUGGCUAACCAAAGCAUGAGAUCAGUGGUGGUGUGGUAAUGAGUGCUGUUGUUAUAACUACUUACCCCCAGAAAUGUAAAAGUAAUUUAAGCCUCAGGACUGAUGUCUGAAGACUUAAGGAAGUUGUAUAACAAUUUGGAUAGCAGACAGGGUUAUCUGGCUGAAAUAGCUCUAUCUUUGAAACAGAUCUGCAUGGUAAUGGCUUCUACACAGGGACUUAACAGCACUUUGGACAGAUAUGUCUCCAGGAUUUUUUAGCCUAUAAGAGUCGUCAGUGAGGGGCUUAUCAGAAGCCAUGCUUGGAAUCUUAAGCUGUCAUCUUUGCCAUACCCUCCUCCCGAUUCACUAGCGCUGCUGUUACACAACACUCACAGAGCAGGGACAAUCCUGUGAUACAGUUGUGCUAUUUGUAAGCAUUGUGAUCCAACUGGUAGGUCACCCUGUCUUUGCAGAUAGGCAUUUUCUGGACUUCUGCCCCCACAGCACCUGAGAGGCCAGGCUGGCUGUUUCUCCUUGGAGACUAAGAAGUGGGUAUUGACAAGUUGUGCUUGAAGAAGCUCUUGUCCUGAGCUGUGUUCAGGGUGGCACAGCACUGCUUCAGGACUUGCCUUAACGAGGAGGUUGAGUAGAGCCUUCAGAAAAUCAGGAUGCUUUUCGGGAGCUUGCCACAGUGUCCUCCUACCCUCUGUAUGUGACCUCUCCUGAUUAGUCAGAAGUGGACAGGUGACCCAUUAAAUUCGUGUGAAGCACUACUCCUUUUAGGAAUGUGGAAAGCUGGUCAGUGUUCCUGAGGUUUUUCACAACUGUUUUUCAUGCCAAGGAGCUGAAGAAACAAGGUGCUAGAGCCUACCCUGUUUCUCCUGCAGCCCUAGUCAAAGCCUAGACUGUCACUUAGAAUGGGCAAGCUUGUUAUAGUAGGAUCACUCUAAAAAAGGGGGCAGUGGGAGAUCAUUUCUGAAGAGCAACAAGGGGCAAAACUGAUCCAGGCAUUUCUCUUGCUUGGAGUCAGCUUAUUUAGCUUCUUGGUGGCUGCAUUCUUUUCAUGGGAUACUAGGACGGUGGGAUGAAUCCAGUGAACAGCUGGUAGAGCAUGCCUUCAGGACACAGCAUUAUGUAUCUUGCAUCUAUGCAAGAGAACCUCACACAGGCCAAAAGGAAAAGCUUCAGAAGCUUUUGCAGCACUGUGAAUCAAGCCAUCAUCUUUGGAGCACAGUUGCCAGGGAAAUAAGAAUUAGAGAUGACUUGUGUUCCUGCUUUGGAGACUUGAGUAGUGCAUGCAAGAGAUGGCUUCUCAUACUAUUGAGUCUUUGGCUGUGAGAUCUUACAGCCUGUAAUUCUUGAUGAGAAUUGUGUUGAGUAACAGACUCCUGUGCUCUGAAUUGCUCUUUACAAGGUUCUUAAUAAAAUGCAAUCCCACAGUAA